AUGGAAAAGGUGAAUAAGAUGUCUACUAUUGUAAAAAUAGGCGGUGAUUGUGACGAACAUGUCGACUGGGAGGAUUUUGUGCUCAUCUAAGAUUAGAUCACGACAUCAUUUAAUGAAAGAAAACUAAAAUCAAAUUUCUACUUAAGUAAAACCAACAAAUUUGAUUUAACAUUGAAUAAUGAUGUGAAGCUAAGGAAAGAUAAUUCAGUUAAAACACUUAAGCAUGUCCUCAUUAAGAAUAAUUCAACACCUCAAGGGAUCAAAAGUAAAGGCUAGAAAUUUUUUGACAAGUCAUCAACUAUGAUCAAAUAGGAAAACGAUUAAUGCUAUCACAGGAAGGUCAGUAACUCAGGAGUGGCAGGAAGUAACGAGCUUUAUUUAACGAUUCCAUUAUCAAAGCAACUUGCACAGACUCUAAAUGAUAAGCCUAACAAUCAGAAACAUCUGGUAACUGUAAUGAAUUAGUAAUCAAAUGAUAAUUCACUUCAGAGAACUGGACUGAUUGAUCAACUUGGAGAAAGCUUUAGUGACAAUCGAAGCAGUGGUGGAUUGAUGCAAACAAUUAAAGUAGAGCCUCUUAAUUUAUUAAUACUAGAUGAAACUCCGAGAGACUUAUACACGUCUCCUGAGGAUGGUGGAAAUGAUCCUUAAGUUUGGUCCAGCAGCAAGCUUUUACUGCCUAGAAGUUAUAUGAACCCGAGGGUAUUAUCAGAAAACCUAGUAGGCGACGCUCCUCCUCCAACAUAUCUAACUUACCAUCAAUUAAGGCCUGAAUUUUCUGGUAAAAAGGAUGAUAUAUUGCAUGGUUUACUAAUUUAAGAGAAGAAUGGAUUAAAAUGCGUUGAUGAAAAAAUAUUAGAAAAGCAGAAAGGAGUGGUCAAGAGUGUAAUCUCCCAAGCGGCGUCUAAUGUUUGGUCUGGUUAAAGUGUUAUUGCUAUAUCGUUACCAGUGAGGAUAUUUGAACCAAGGAGUCUUUUGGAGAGGAUAACCGAUUGGUAUGGAUUUGCACCCAUUUUUCUUAAAUAAGCUGGUCGCACAGAGGACCAUCUUGAAAGGAUGAAGUUGACUAUUUCCUAUGCAAUAUCAGGAUUAUACUGUGCAGUAAAGCAAUAGAAACCUUUCAACCCUUUAUUAGGAGAGACAUACGAAGCAUCAUUUACUGAUGGGACUCGUGUCUAUUGUGAACACACUAGCCAUCACCCACCCAUUGCAAAUUUUCUGAUAGAGGACGUUAACAAAACUUAUCAGAUUGACGGUUUUUACGAAUUUAAGGCUAAAAUUAGUGGAAAUACAUUAGUAAUGAAAAAUGAUGGUCCUAAUAACAUUUCAUUCAGCGAUGGUCAAAAGAUAACCUAUCACUUUCCUACUAUCAAGUUAGGGGGGAUGCUGUUCGGGGAUAGAGUUCUUAACAUUGAUGGACAAAUGACUUUUGAAGACAGAAGAAAUGGCUUAAAGGCAGUCAUUAUUUUCCAACAUAAGAGAUAUGACAAAUUUGUUGGAAAAAUUUACGAUUAUGACCCUGAAUAGAAUCUCUAGAAAAAGGAGCCAUCCAAGCUUAGUGAGAUUAAGGAUAUUAAAAGAGAAAUAUGUUAGAUAAAUGGUUCUAUUUUAGAAAGUUUAUUGAUCGAUAACAAAGAGUACUGGAAUAUUGACUAGAUGGAACCAAUGAAGGCAUUCCCUGUUCCGAAUCCAUUACCCUCAGAUGCUAGAUACAGAGAAGAUCUGAUAUGGCUCAAGAAAGAGAAUGAAAAUUAUGCACAAACAUGGAAGACAAGAUUAGAAAUCUAAUAGAGACACGAAAGAAAAUUAAGAUAAGAUGCAUAAAAAGCUCUUUCUAAAAAAUAGAGCAAGUAGUGA